UUGGCAGAUAAUGCUCGAUUGAAACAAACUUGCAUUAGAGACUUAUGCAAUGGAUACACUAAAAUAAGAAUACCAAUUGCAGAGUAAAAUUAGACCAGUAUGCAAAUAUAGGGAAUACAAAAGUAGUAAUUAAGCCAAUAUUCACCGCCAAUUUGUAAUUUUAGAUUUUAAAAGUUGCAGUUAUAAAACGAUGUAAAGUUCCCACUUUGAAUGACCAGUUUACACUAGUUUGCAUGGUUUCAUUUGUGAACUGAAUCAUAGCAUUGAUGGGUGUAGCAGAUGUCGCGUCAUUGUGUACAUCUGAUAUGGAUUACAACUGAACAAAAUAUUUGGAAUGUAGCGUCGUUGGAUCUGUUUUUUAAAGUGAUAAGGCAAUGUGUCGCCUGUUGUUGCAAUACGUUGGCAGCAGGGAAAUGUAAUUUGUUCGGUGCACAGUACAGGAAUGGCCAUAAACUGGUAUUGACAUCUUUUUUUCAAACUGUACUUGUGAAGUUGUGAUAACUGGGAUGGCUUUGAUAUUCUUACAUUAAGUGCAUGCAUUGUUAAAUUACAAUCUUUUUUUCACACAUCUCAAUUUUCAUUUCCAGAGAACCAUGGGGCUAAUUGCAUAACAUUCCUAAAUUUUGACUUAAUAAUUCGUAAAGUUAAAUUUCCCCUUAUUUUACACUUAUUUACAUUGCAAAAAAGUCAAUAUCUUACUUAACAUAUUUUGUGAAGCUAAUAACUGGUUUCAAGGGCUUGCAAGCUGACCACGAGCUCUUGCCAUAAAGAUGUAUUUUUUUGAUGGGACUGUUUUAAAUAAAUGCAUCCCCACUGCAACAUUUUGUAUGCAGUCAGCUGUUACGUUUCCUCACACUAUCAAAGUGUAUACUGUAUGAGACAUUUUACUAAAUUUCUCAUAAUAAUACUAAUUAAAAUAUAACCCUCUGUUAUGAAUAAAAUCUAAUUAUUACAUGUUUUAAAUAAAUAAAUUCACUAGCUCACUUUCUGUCUUCAACUUGAUCUGAGGAUGAGGUCUAGAUGGGUAACGUUCUUUUAUGCACUCACUUGUGCAUGCUUCUGUUCAACGGUGACUCGUGUUCAACACCUUUAAUGGCCAGUGAAUGUAGAUCUUAAGGGUAACCUGGAAGUGGGGUGACAUCACUUUUGGUCGUAUAGUGGUACUAUAUUGUACAGCAACUCUAAACUACAGUCGUUGGACAAUUUCAUAUAUAUUGUCAAGUAACCUGGACCAAUUAAACCCUAUUGCAAACCUUAUGUAAACACAUGUAUUCUGGGCAGAUGAAUUAUAUUAUAUUUUUGUAGGUUUGAAUUUAUGUAUGCCCCAUGCUUCACCAAGGUUGUCCAAUACGGCAUGCCUUGCUUGCAUGCACGUGAGUUCUGCACGGACUUUGAAGAAUAGCUACAUGUGGAAAUGGAAAUGCAUAGCAUGGUGCCAUAACCACCCAUGCAGUGGCUCCCAACUCUGUUGGGUUUCGAUAACUCCGUGCACAGACAGACAUUGGGCUUGGGGAUUAUUUAGAUUUGCCAAUGGCUUAUAGCCGAACUAUUGAUUUUUAUGUCUAGUAUUUCAUAUUUUAUCAUUUUACAUGUAUUUAUAUAUUUUAUGUUGAUUCUCAGCAGGAGAAUUCAGAAAAAUGUGCUGAUGGCCCCAAUAAGUAUUCAUGUAAUUUAAAUGUUUUGGGAAAAAAAUAAGUCAACACAUGUAACAUCCACUAAGAUUCCUAGUCUGACUGGCAAUGUGGAUUAAUCGGGACAUUGUCUCGUCACACCACUGCCUCAGAAUCACAGAGAAGCUCGUUUCAUUGUACAUUUUGUCAUCAGGUAUACCUAUAUAGCUAAGAAGUUGUUUUAGUGCACCAUAAACAUGCAUUACCAUAGACUAAACUGUUGAUGUGUAUACUCUAUAUCCAAGUGUGAAAUCUUUUGUAUAUGCUAUGAUGUAUUGUAUUUGGUUUUUUAAACUUGAUUCACAAGUUUGAAGGAUACAUGAGUCACACGUAAAUACAUUUUUAGAUACGGAAACCAAAUUGUUUUUCAAAACUAAAUGCCUGUCCUGGGACCCAUGUGCACUUAUUGAAUAAGCACGUGAUCUUGUGUGAUAUUGCACAAUUUGUGUGAAUGAAUAUUGAGGCUCCUGCCAACAAUCCUAACAGUGUUUAAGUAAUAAUUAUAAUAUAUCCAUUAUGAUUUAUUUAAAAUAAAGAUUUGUGGAAUUAUUUUUUUACAAAUUUGUAGGCAAGAGAUGUGUGAAAUUGUCCGUAGUGAAUUAUAUUUUAAUGCCACUGAACACUGGGAAGCCAUAUGGUCGGUAAAUAGGGUAGGCAGCAUUUUCGUGUGCGGCACAGCAGGGAUAACGUUACAUGUCGACCUGCAUAACACUGAUGUGGUAGCCUGCUUCAACAGUUUCAUGAGGUCUGUUAUAAAAUAUCUUGUCCGGUUACGUGCUUCAGCAGCAGCACACAUGGCCUGGAAAACUAGGGAACACCACUUACAUUUGGGCUACUUAACUAAAUGUAUGUUUUAAUGUAACUGUUAAAGUAAAAAGAUGUACUUUGUAAGAGUAAUAAAAACCCAUCGGAAUUAUAAAAAUGUAAAGUUUAAAAAAUAAUGAAAUUUAAGUUACUUCUGUGGUCAUCACACAAUGACCUCAUGUUGGUGUUGGUUCUGUUCCACAGCCUUCUGAUCACCUGGCAACUGUCCUACAACAAAACAUUUUUUGAUUGGAUUCGGACAGCAAAAAUGUCACCACGACCAGUGUACUCGGCGGGCUCAGAGGACCAGGACUUUGACCCGUCAGCCGAGAUGCUGGUGCACGAGUUUGACGAUGAGCGGACGCUGGAGGAGGAGGAGGAAGAGGCACGCGAGAGCGAGCACAACUUUUCUUCUGAGGUGGAGGACCUGGAGAAGGAGGGCGAGAUGCCACUCGAAGAGCUGCUGGCGCUCUAUGGGUACGGCGCGCCACUCGCAGCUGCGGCACUGCCCGGGGGAGCGAGUCCAGGGAGCGGCCUCCCUGACAACCUUCCGGAAAUGACGCUCGAUAAGGAGGAGAUUGCCAAAGACUUGCUGUCGGGCGAAGAUGACGAGAGUCAGUCCUCAGCUGAUGACCUCAUGCCCUCGGUCAUCUCCAAUGGCACCCAGGACAUCUUUGGCUGCUCCUUCCAGUUGGACACAGAGAUGGACGGCAACGAGGGGACGGAUUUCUCGGACGAGGACGAGUGUGUGGCUGCCGAGGAGAGGAAGACGGUGAUGGUGGGGUCGCAGUACCAGGCCAUCAUUCCUGCGGGACUUGGCCACUAUCAAGUUGACUCUGGUCCGGUGGACGGGGACGAGCCGCAGUGGGACCCCUGCAUCCUCCCCGAGAGUCAGGUCCUGCUCUACCUGAGGGAAGCGGCGGGGGGUGGCGUGGCGCCGUCGCCGCGCUGCAGGGAAGGGCUCGCCGUUUCGGUCCUGCUGCCGCCUCUCUUGCCGCCCGGCACCUGCCCCGACGACGACCACGCUCUCCGGGAACUAAUGGCGUGUAACUACGACACGAGGGAGGCUCUGGCUCGCCUCCGGCUCGCUCCACCACCUCCCAGAGACGAAAUGCACAAGUGGACGGACGAAGAGCGCCUCAAGUUUGAAGAAGGGUUCCGGUUGCACUACAAGGACUUCCACGUCAUCCACACCCUGGUGGGCACCAAAUCCGUGGCAGAGUGCGUGGCAUUUUAUUACGUAUGGAAGAAAUCUCGGCGACUGGAGUUCAUGCAGCAGAGCCGGAUGGGCAAGCGCAAGGCCAGCCUGCAACCAGGACUUGGGGAUGGCGUGGAGUUGGAGGCAGAGGGCUCGGCUCGUGCGCUCGCCCCAUUGCUGGCGGGGGGCUCUCGCAGGGAACGCGUUCCUGGGGACGACGGCCACGCUGCCGCCAGUGUCGCUGCCGACCUGGCGGUGCAAGUGCUGGAAUCUCUCAGCUCGUCGGACCUUGGCCUCACAUGCACCGACAUGCUGCUUCUGCGCGGCGGCGGUGGCAGCCGUGGCUGCGGUGGUGGCGACGUUAUCGUUGUCUCUCCGUCGGGGAGCUCGGCAGCGCUGGGGCCCUUUCUCACGGCCGUCCUCGACCACCCGGCGGGCGGCAGCUGGGACGGCGCGAGCGCGGAGUCGUCGUGCUUGCCCCUGGCCGACGGGGGCCCGUCCACGCCAGACUCGGUGGCGCACAGCACCACCAGCAGCUCCGUGGGCGAAGACCAAGAGGUGCCGGCCAAGCGGCUCAAGCUGGAACUGUACGGGGACGGCUCGUUGUCCGCCGAUGCUGGCGGGUUAUCGUCGUCGUCUUCUUCGUCAUCGUCAUCGUCUUCCUUGUCGGCGGAGGGGAGCGAGCCGGCGGUGCGAUUGGCGCUGGAUCUGGGCGCCGUGGAGGCGGCGGGUGGUGGCCGCCUCCUGUCGGCCCACGUGCUGCGCCACCCGCCCCCCGCCGCGUCCGAGCCCUGCUCCCAGUGACGCAACGACGGGGAAAGAAAGGAAAUGCACGAGCGGAAGGAUAAAAUGAACAAUUUUGAAAAAAAAAUUACAUUUUAAACUUUUGUUGAAAUGUAAAAAAAACGGGAAAAAAGAGAGGAUACAAAAACAGUGUUUACAUUUCACAGCUCCUGCACUGCACAUUGGUGAGCUGGAUUGACUCUGAAAUACGAGACAUCGGUGUGAUGUCUUUUAACCCACAGUGGAAAAAACGUUGCGGUAAACUUUUCUCUGUGAGUUUUUACACUUUAAUGUGCGGCUAGCCUGCCGUGCGAUUGCUGCAAACUGAGAUGCGUGCGUGUGUGCGUGUGUCACUAUAAAUAUUAUAUACAUACAGUAUGAAGUAAAUUCAUUUUUUGGUAAUUUUUUCGUUUACUUUUUCACAAAAGAAUGCAGAUAAUUUAGGUACAAAAGAUUUAGUUUUUUGCCGUUUUAAAGUAAUAUUAACAUGGACAAUAGUAAUACUCUAUUGCGUUUUUUUGGCCUUUAUUGAGCCAUUCAUUCCAGCGUGAUGUGGGAUGUGGAAAGGGGCGUUUCAUCUUCAGUGUUAAUUUAUUGCUGUCGUGGUGCAUCGUCUGUUGUACUUUACACCCUGGAGUUGUACUGGAGGGAGUUGCCCGCACCCCACGUUCGGCCUUCUCGGUGCAACUAGCCAGCCGCGACGAGGGCGGCCCGCCACGGCCCCUCGGCUCACAAGCAAUCGCCGUUGGCUGCGACGCGGCUUCCGUGGGCUCAAGUCUCCUCCGGAGCCCGGGGGAGGCUCGUUGGCAGCGGUGAGAAGAGGGGGAGGCGAGCGUGGGCAGCAAGCUCACCGGUGGGGGGGGGGGGGAGAGGCGUGGGGGUUGCGGCCAUAUCCUGUGUGCGUGUGUUUUGUUUGAUCGCUACCCUUUGUGGACUGCCGGCCAGUAAAGGGAGCCCAUUUCGCCUCGGUGCUGACGGCACUAAAAGUGUCCGCCGGCUGCAGGUACACUUUUGAGUUGAACGCUCUUGAGAUUGGUUUUGUUCGGCUUAUUUUGUUUUUUGUUACGUCCCGUGUCGUAGUUGUUGUUUUCACCCACACUAAGUUUACAAGGAGAGUUCUGCUCACAGGCUGCAGCGACUGCUUUGGUUACAACAAAACGAAGAUGAAAGAAAAUGUGCAUUAAAAAUAAAAAUGACAUUUACUGUAGCAAUUGUAUGUAAUUAGCACUAGAUGCAAGAGAAAUACAUUUAAUUUAUUAAACGGGAAUGUUUAUAGUGUAAUGUAAUUGCAACAUCUUAAAUGCUGAGAUUUCUUGCAACUUUGCAAAGUUAAAUGGGUAUAUUGUCUCGGGGAUUGUGAAAUACAAGCAUUGUUGUGUUGGGGUUUUGUUUGGAUGGGUGGAUGCCGAUGAAAGCGUUCUAGUGUUGUUAGGCUGCCCUGCAGAAGUAGUUUAGAGUCCGGUACAGUGUUUCUCCAUUCUGUGUCUUUGCCACGGUCUUUUUAAUAUUGUUUUUGCGUUCCCAUUCUGCAGUGUCCUCAUUUUGCUCCAUUUUAUAAUAAUAAUUAUAAUACUACAGGUCUGUCGGUAACACGCCAGCUGUUUAGGGUGCUUUUGUAAACUGUUCUAUUUACCGUUUGCGUGCUCUCGGAAACCAAAGUUUUUUUUUUCCUUUUUAUAUUCCUGUUAAAGUUGUUACUGAUGGUUUAUUUUGUGGAAGAGAUGAUCGCUUUGGCACUGAGGUCAAAUAAGUGAACAUCUCAUAAUUUUUAUUUUUUUAUUUUUAUUAAAAGAAAAAUAGUAACCUAAAUAUAAAGAGACAUGUAAUGAAUGUAGUGUCCCUGUAAUCCCCUUACACAUUUACUCAAUAUGUGGCAAGACAUAUUGAGGGAAAUGGGAGCACUGCAAUGUGUAGGUUUAUGACUGCUCUUGAUGUAAAAAGAUAAACCCCUUGAGAAAUGAAGGAUUUCUAAUGUUUUCAGAAAUUGUACCAGACUUAAAAACCUUGCGUCGAUGAACAUAAUGUUUCUCUUCAAUUAUUAUUCUCAGUAGUUUGUCCAUGUCAAGGCAUUCAUUACAGUGCCUAGUUUAGUCAACUGUAAAGCAACUCAUGAAGGCGUGUCCAGUGUAAGGCAAUUCCAGCUCUUCAGUUGUUGCCAAAUUGUACCCAGACAGUGAAAUGACUCCCUACUUAUCCCAAAAUGUGGAGGAAGACGGCAAAGCCACUUCAUCUUGCACUGUGCGAGUGGCCAGUUGGGAGCACUACGGGUGUUCUUGUCGGAGGGAAGAACUCGCCCCAACGAUGUUCCCUUUACCACCGUGACUUGGCCUUCUGAAUCCGCAAAGCGGCCCAAAUAAAGGGGUGCAUCUCUCGUAAUGCUGACACGUGUGUAAUGUAGCCAGAUCAUAAUUUUAAUUCAAAAACAGUUAUGAGCUGGACACAUUUUUCUUUGCCCACAUGACGGUAUACGGUCACGACACCGUGCCUGUAACCCCAGAGUUGUAAAGAGUGCAAGAAGCUUGCAACAGUUGGCAUCGAAGCAGAACCCAGGUGUGAGUGUGUGAUGGGCGGAUGAACUUCCAUUUGGGUCUUGGGCAAAUGCUUGGGGCACCGGUUCUGCACCUCCAAUUAUCUACACUGCUGGCUCAUGCCCAGCUUUUCAUGUCUGCCAAUCUCAUGUUGAUGAGGUGUUAAUGUGUAAAUUAUAUUAAUAUGUUUUACUCGCAACACAUUUCAAUGAUUACCCUACAUUCUUCUCGGAUCUACUUCUCAAGUCACUCUCGGGUACCGUGUUGUGAGUUUGUUGUCCUUCCGCCGCACCUUCGAUGAGCACGGUUGCCUACGUACGGUGCGAACGAAGGUCAACAUGCACACACAUUGAGGGAUUCUAUUGGUAAAAAGGUGAGGGCUACAGUAAGUGGAUGAGUAACCAUUUACUCAGGGCAGCAAGUGUCCUGUGGGACCACGACGGACCAGCUCUCCAUAUCACAGCAAAACAAAUACGUGAGAUGUACAUUGCAUCAAAUAAAACAUGCCGAGUUGAACGAUGCGUAGGCUGCACGGUCUUAUGGAAAACACACAAUGCUUGCAAGCGCAGUCGAGGGUGUGUGCACACUCAGCUGUUACGUUCAGCCACCAGCCUCUGAGGUGACCAUUUGACUGGAGCGGUCUCAGAUUCCGAGUUCAAAUCCGCGCAGCAGGUAGUGAUGUCAGGAUAUUAAUUUUGCAAGGAAUUGUUUUUUGUCGUUGCAUAAGCCUCUGGCCCCAAAGUAUGCUUCACAUUGGGGGUCUAUUUUAACGUCUACAAUUUUUCCAGCUGAUUACAAUUUUCAUCAACCUGAGAGAAUGUUCGUAUGGAUGUACACUACGCAAUAACAACGUUGUCUCGUUAUGCGUAAAUUGAAUGGUAACCUGAAUUAGUCGCCAUUGUUUGGUGAAAUGCGUAUACAUACUGUGCUGUAUAUUGGAACACGAUGCGAUGUGGAUUAGUAAAACAAGCUUUUAUGUAACUGAAUUAUAACCUAUGGUUGUUAUUGAUCCAUUAAUCGCCAACAUUCCCAUGGCUUUCCACACGAAAAUCUUCAACCUCCAGAUAUGAAAAAUCACAGAGUUCUGAGGACACCACCGCAUGCUUGCACGAAGUCAGGCAGCACAGUCAGGAUCGCUUUGUCACUCAUGCAGCAAACUCGUCAUUCGAAAUGCUUUUCUCAAUUUAGAGUAUCUCUUGUAGGAGGCAUUUGAAGGUAAGAUAUUGACGACUGUCGUGAAGAACGAAGUUAUACUUCAGUAUAAAUUGACAUUUUCUACUUAUCACGUGGAUACCAUUUCUGCAUAUCUUUUGCACAAUAUAGCUCUGACUGCAUCAUGUGCUUGCUGUUGGGCAACUCACGGAGCCUCG